AAGUAUUGUCCUUCCGGUUACCGUAAAGGGGCUUUCGCUGCGGCAUUCCGGGGCUGGGUUUUUUCCUGCCUGCAGUUACUGGAAGUUCGUUAGUAUCCUUCCUUCACAUUAUCGCUACGGAGACGUCGCCCUGUUUCCCAGCGUUUGGCGCUGAUCCACCUGGGCCUUCAGGAUGCCGCUGCUCCUCACUUCGGCUUUAGUCGCUCUGGUCGCCGCCACACACGCUGUGAAUCUCUUCUCAUCCACGGACCCGGUGGAGACGGCGUACUCCAACACCACAGACGUUCCGCCACCCGAAAACGUGACCGUCCAUUGUCACAAUCUGGAGAACGUCGCUUACUGGAACUACAGUCAGCCCAGCCUUUUGCCACGGUUCGUGGUGUACGUUAAUGGAUACUCGAGUGGACCAGUACUGGUGCAGAGCUGCAACUACACUGGAGAGUACUUCUGCAACAUUUCUGCUGAAACACGGAACGUUGAUGAGCACUUCUACAUAAACGUGACCGCCCUGGUGGGGACGAGCGUGUCCCUGCCCGCCGAUUCAGCCCCGUUCUCCUAUUCCACGUUCUAUGAUGGCCAGUGCAAACUGGAUUUCCCUAAACCAACCCUGAACAUCGACCAAGACUUGAUUAAGAUUACAUUCCUUCACCCGCUUUACCAAUAUGAGAAAUUGCAGAACAUCCGUAACAUAAAUGACUACAACGUGUUCAGGUUUGAGGUCAUAACCAAGGAUAAGGUGACAAGUUUUGAAUGCGACGCCGAAGAGGAGUUGCCCUGCACGGAGACUAUUAAAGUGAAUGGAUCCGAAAGACACUGCUUAAGCUUAAAGGGAGGCAUGAACGGCAUUGAUACCUUGCUAGGAGAGGAGGUGUGCAUAGAGGUGCCCCCAAAACCCAAUUUGGGGUAUUAUGCUGUGGUCACCGCGAGCGCCAUCACUGUCUUUGUCAUCUUCCUGGUUUUUGCGGUAAUGAUGUACAAGAAGAUCACCAGUGCCAACAGCUCCCUUCCCAAAACCAUGGUCUCGGUCUUCACGCACCAGUCCACGUCGACGGGCACGUUCGUAGUGAAGAGGGAGCCCAUCCUGCUUCCAGAGUCAGUGGACAGCCCCACCAGCACAGACGGGCUUCUAAAAGAUUUGGAGAACGCCCCUCUGAGCAGAUGCGCAUCGGACUCCGACCGCUCUCGCUUUAUGAUUGGCGUCUGCCAACCCGACGCAUCGGAGGGCCGUCAGGGCAGCGAGGGCGAGGCGGACGAGACUGAGACCACGGGCAUCAGUGGGUCAGGCUACGACCGACCCAAAUUGCCCUUCGAGCAGCACGGCCGGGUCGAGAUGGGCCCGGGGGACACCGUGGACAGCUACAGGAAGAUUUAGGCUGACACCCCCCACUUAUGUGCACAAUCAGACCUUAGUUUUCCCCCCUCCCACCCUGAGCCUAGGACAGCUGGUGAAAUACGGUCAAGCCCCCGCCUAAGUCCUGGUAUCGUCACUGGUGAACCCGGCCUGGAAGCCCAGUAGCGGAAUGUAAUGGGAAAGUUUUCGCUGGUGCAUGGGUGUGUGGGGGGGGGGAAUAUAAAUCAGCAGUGCUUCAUCCCAGCACCAGCCCCUCCUAGGAAACAUAUCAUGUCAGUCUGCUUUCAGCGUGAGCACUGUUUCUGGGCCUACAGAGGCCAGCUAGGCAAAUAGACGAAAGCUUCCUGUAGUUUAAGAGCCAAAUCUAAGCAGUUACUGGACCAAUAAAAUAGUCACCCAAAUAAAUGCAUGCAAGCUCUACAUAGAUAAACUUGAUUAAUCUCUGGGGGAAGAUUAAGCAUUUUCUGUGUCUGAUGCAGUGGCUGGGCCAAAAUAAACUGUAGUGUAGCUGCUCUCUCUAUCUGGGUUAAUGUUUUGCUCAACUCUGCCACAUUUCUAUGACUUUUUUUUCUUCUUGAUUUGUUUGGCAGAUGUGAAGGUGGCACUUGAUCAAGUUUUAUCUGUUAAGGUCAUUUGUAGUUUUGUCUGUCUGAUUUCUUAAAGUGCAUCUCAGUAGGAAGAAUUUCCAGUUACGCUUUUUUAUUUUAUUUUAUUUUCAGUGUAAAUAUUCAACAAGUUGUCAUUCUGCACUUCCUGUUUUAUAGUGAAGCCUUAAAUCUUCAUUCUGGGUCCAGUGACUUAUUAAACACUUAUACAUUGUUUCGGCAAAUUACGCCAAGUGCACAGACAGUAAGAGACCUGCGUGACUGGAUGGGUAGGAUGCUGAUCGUUCUGUGCGUGGAUCACCUUGCUUGCCAUGUUCCCCCGGAGUCAUUUGUCUCAUGGCCGCUGGGACUGGGGGGGCCCGCUCUUGGUGGCACAACUCGGUGGCUGUAGGUGCGAAAGGGGGGGACCUUGGCCGAAAGUCCGCAUCACCCUCCCGUUUUGUUCAGUCAUCUUUCUGCGGAACAUGUAGGCUGCCCGCAAUGUGCAACAGCAGCCAAACCACUAAGAAUCUGACUGUAUGUGACGAUUGUUGGUCAGCCAGCAUUCUAGCUGUGUGCUGUAAGUUUGACUGUGAUUUUAUGGUUGACGUACAGACUCUGUAACAGUGCCUUUGAUAAGUAGGGUAGCGUUCGGUUUGCUUACUUUGCAGAGCGAGACUGAGAGAUCUGCCAUUGGCCAAAAUCGGUAAUAGAAAGGAAAGGAAUGACGUAUAAGCAGAGAGGACAGACGGGGGCAGGGGGCACAGGUGACGUGAGGCCGUUCGUUUUCCCCUGGCCCCUGAUUACUGUGAAAGCACCUUGGAAAAACCCGAUGUUGUGUAGCGGCAGCCCUGAGCCGCGUAUGCAUGCGGAGCAGGAAGUUUCUGCUGGCCGAGCGGAGCAGUGCUGAGCCGGAAUGAGAGGUGGAUCUAGGAUGAUGUCGAGAGAAAUUUGCUGGAAAACAUAUAUGGAAAGAUAAGUACAUAUAUUUGGAAAAUUGCACAUUUCCUUUGUCCUUUACAUUUUUCAGUAAAAAAAAACCAAAAAAAAAACUCAAGUAUAAUUGUGGCUCUGGUUUGUGAAAGACCUUUAUCGCCGAAGGGGGUCACAUAUGGCUCCAUUGCUCAGUUUGAAUCUCCAGAUUUUGUUACCUGAUAAUUUCCAGCCAUGCAGCUUUUAGGCAUUGCCGAUGGCCUACCUUUCCUCUCACUGCAGUGAUUGCCGACGGCCUACCUUUCCUCUCACAGCAUGUGAUUGCCGAUGGACUACCUUUCCUCUCACUGCAGUGAUUGCCGACGGCCUACCUUUCCUCUCACUGCCGUGAUUAUACUUUACUCACAUAUGCUGAUUUACAAUGUAUCACAUAUUAAUCAUUACAUCAUUAAAAUCAUCCGAAGCAGCUUCUCUCCGUUUAAUCAGAAUCUCACUCUUCCGUUUCUUUGCCAUCUCAGCCUGAUGGCUGUAUUAUUUUUUGAUUAUUGAUCAAUUAAAUGUGCAUCGUAUCGCUUACACUUCUGUGAAAUACCAUACCCUGCAAUAAAUAAAGGCACUGUUUAUUUCGAUAAACUAAUGUUCUGUCCUAACUUGUUCAAAAUAAAAAUGUACCUGGGACAGCUGGUCCCGAGAAGCCUCA